GUUCUCUUCCUACACAAACGGCUACUUUUUUCUUGUGACUCCUUGCUCAGGAUGAACACAUAUAUGCAGCCUGUAUGAAAGCAGAAUACACAUUUCAAAUCAUCCUUAUACCUGAGGUUGUUUCUGGAAUUAGACACAUUUUUAAAUCGUCACCUGAGCUUUUCUCAGAAAAAAAGGAAGAAGAAAAAAAAACCAAAUAGAUCUAUUUAAAAUUGAUUUAUUUUUCUUUCACCUACCUGAUAAUUUCCCUGUUGUUAACAAAACAACAACAACAACAUGCUUUUAUUUAAUUUGAUGAAUUGUGGAAUAUCAUUUUAUUAUCUGGUGUUAACAGUACUAGCAGGAAUAAAAGUUUCUUCACAAAGUGAAAUAGAAGAAAGACUUUUCCAGAAAUUAUUUGCACGUUAUAAUCAGUACAUAAGGCCGGUACGAAAUGUAUCUGAUCCUGUUAUGGUGAAGUUUGAGGUGGCAAUAACACAACUAGUCAACGUGGACGAAGUUAAUCAGAUCUUGGAAACCAAUUUGUGGCUGCGGCAUAUAUGGAAUGACUAUAAACUUCAAUGGGAUCCAAUUGAUUUUGAAGGGAUAGAAUUCAUGAGAGUGCCAGCAGACAAGAUUUGGAAGCCUGACAUUGUCUUAUAUAACAAUGCUGUUGGAGAUUUUCAAGUAGAAGGAAAGACAAAGGCCUUGCUCAAAUAUAAUGGCUUAAUCCAGUGGGCUCCACCUGCUAUAUUUAAGAGUUCCUGUCCAAUGGAUAUCACAUUUUUUCCAUUUGAUCACCAAAACUGCUCCAUGAAAUUUGGGUCCUGGUCCUACGAUAAAGCUAAAAUCGAUCUAGUGAUCAUUGGCUCAAAAGUGGACAUGAAGGACUUCUGGGAGAACAAUGAGUGGGAAAUAAUCGAUGCUUCUGGUUAUAAACAUGACAUCAAGUAUAACUGCUGCGAGGAGAUCUAUACUGACAUAACAUACUCUUUUUACAUCAGAAGACUACCAAUGUUUUACACUGUAAAUCUCAUUAUGCCAUGCCUUUUUAUAUCAUUUCUGACAGUAUUAGUUUUUUACCUUCCUUCAGACUGUGGGGAAAAGGUCACACUUUGUAUCUCGGUUCUCCUUUCCCUUACCGUGUUUUUGUUGGUUAUCACAGAAACAAUUCCAUCAACAUCCCUUGUAAUUCCACUUGUUGGCGAGUACCUUUUGUUCACAAUGAUAUUUGUGACAUUAUCAAUAGUUGUCACUGUAUUUGUGCUCAACAUUCACUAUCGUACUCCAACUACACACAAAAUGCCUCUGUGGGUGAAGGAUGUCUUUUUGAAACGUCUACCAAAACUUUUAAUGAUGAGAAAGACCAUACAGAAGAGAGACAGGCCUUGUUCAAAACGAACAAAAAAGAGAGAUUGCAUGAAAGCAACAACACUGAUGAAUUCACAUUGCAGGGAUGUAGAACUGUUUGAAGAGGAGACAUGUUGCCAUCACAUGAAUUCAGAAGGUCAGAUAACUAGGAAUCGAAGAAGGAAACAACAGGGGAUAUGUAAUGCUUUUCAGGAGUCGUCAACUGAAAUGAAAGAGAUUGUUAGCAGUGUUAAGUUCAUGGCAGAAAAUAUCAAAGACCACAAUGAAAGGAGAGAGGAAGAAGAUGACUGGAAAUAUGUGGCUAUGGUGAUUGACAGAGUUUUUCUUUGGGUGUUCAUAAUCCUUUGUGUUUUAGGGACAACUGGCCUAUUCAUGCAGCCUAUGAUAGAUGGUAACAAAUAAAUCCUCUGUGAAAUAACGGUUUACAAAAUAAAAAAAACAUACAUUAUUUAUUAGGACACAUGCAUUCCAGUCUAGGUACAUGGUUUCUUCAUAAGUUAUAUACCUGUGUAUAUGCACUCAGCAUGCAAACAACUUACAAUCACAUAUGUUACUUCAUGUUUGUUAUCAACAUGUGUGUUCAUAUGCCAUCAACUGGAUGAUUUUGUCAAACAAAAGGAGUAUAUAUCUGU